GUGGAUACGAUGCUCGCGAAACCGACGCAUGGGCUUGUGGAGUCGCCCUGUACGAAAUUAUGACGAAGUUGCUACCCUUUGGUGAGGGUCCUAGUGAUGGGAAAGCGCAUGGGCGAGCGAAAUUCGCGGGCACGCCGAGUAAGAGGAGGCAGUGGUUGAUCAAGAUUGCGAGAGCCGAGUGGUGGUGGCCUGAGGGAUCGAGGAGUGCCAACGGUGAGGAGUUGGUGGUGGAUUCGUUGGUUGAGUGUGCGGGGGCACGUCGGAUGGUGGAAAGGUUGCUCGUCAGGGAUCCGAGUAAGCGCUCGAGGAUAAUGGAUUUGUGGGACGAUGAGUGGAUGAGCGGCCUUGUGUCGCCGCCGUCGUCUGGGAGGCCCAGUAUGGAGAAGGAAGCAGACGAGGGUGGAUAUAGCGUUGGAGUAGACGUCUGGCAUGAUUCUCAGCGGCUGGAGAACGGCCGAUAUGAGGAUGAUUUUUGGGAAGAUGGGGUGGAUGAAGAAGAAUUGUUGGAGAAUGAGGUUGAUAUUGACGGGUGGAUCGUUGACAAGGAAGGGAUUGGAAGUAUUGCUAGUGAGGAGGUACAGUAACAUAUGCAGUAUCUAUUGGUUAUUCUAUUUCUCGAUGUCGUCACGACCCACGAACAAAACAAAUCGUUCCCAUGGUCCGUCCUUAUUUGUCACGAUCCGCUAUACUACAUCAUAUAUAGAUCCCCCCAGCCCAUGGUGUUUGUCUUAUUAUUCCUGCGUUAACAUGGGUUGGAGUCGACUGGUUUUUUUUAUUCAUCUUGGUAUCAUUGGUUAAUGUUUAUUGUAAAUGUGUAGAGCUGUUUAGUAGGACAUCGAAAACGUGUAAUUGGCGUACUGAAUUAUCAAAUUUCUUUGAAGACUUG